CCCCUCCCAGAUCUAGUCAACAUGGCCGGCGUGGGGUACCUCGGAUUGAGAAACGCAAUAAAAUGUUUAAAACGCGCCCGCAGUACAGCAAGCUUACAGCAUUACUCUGCCAGCGCGGCCGCUGCGCCCCACUAUCCUGGCAUCGUGGAGUCCACAGACGAGUUCAGAUUCGUGGAGAGGCUGAUCCCCCCCUCCCGGGUUCCAGAGCCCCCCAAACACCAGCAGUACCCCACACCCAGCGGCUGGACACCCCCCUCAGCGAAGCCCCCCCCGCUCCCGUACACGGUGAGACGUUCCCGCAUGCACAACAUUCCCGUCUACACCGACAUCACCCACGGCAACCGCAAGAUGACCGUCAUCCGCAAGAUCAGUGGAGACAUCUGGGCUCUGGAACAGGAAGUGAAGUCGUAUCUGACGCAGCUGACGGGGAAGUGCCCGCCCACUCAGGUCAACGAGGUCACCAUGAGCAUCCGGGUGAAAGGUUACUACGACACAGAGCUGAAAGCCUGGCUGACUGAGAAGGGCUUCUGAGCAGAGGGAGGAGAGAGAGAGAGAGGGAGGAAGAGAAGGUGGGGCCAGCCCAGUUGAAAGGUCACGCUGUCACCUGGAAGGCUGUUGUUUUGGGGCCCGGAUCUCCAGGCAAGCCCACAGACCAGUAGACAGAGAAGAAACGCUGGAAAAAUAAACUUUAGAAAACUUAACAGGGAUGGGAGCGAGACUCCCGCUGCACAGCAGUGUGAUCCAGUCCUGGUUUCACUGGGAGUUUAAUAAUCAGACACACCUGAGCUUGUUAGCGAGACACACUGGGGGCUGAUCAAGCUGGUAGCAGUAAAACCUGGACUGGAUCACACCGCUGUGCAACAGGAGUCUGAUUUCUGUCUCUGUGCUAUUUCUGUCAAAAUAAUGAACUAUUUGUCAACUCCAGAACUGUGCUGUCUUUACAAAGCAAAUAAAUGAAAACAAAAUGCAAAUAAAACGAUGGUCUUUAUUUAUCAAUAUAUAAAAAAGCAUUAAACGUCUUAUCCACAAAUACAAACAACUGCUGAACUUAGAAAUUCUAGAAGAAACUCAAUUCAACGGCAAACGUUUCCGCUGCGCUGGUCGCUGAAUUUAUUAAGUUUCUUUCAGCAUUUCUAAACGUACGUUCAUAAGUCCAAAAUCGCUCGACAAACACGUACGAGAAAAACAUUCAGAACGUCGCCUGAGGAACGCUGGCUUUUUACAAAAUAUUCCUUUUAAAAGAAUUUAUUAUUAUUUUAUUUUUUUAAAUCCUUGUAAAAACAGGCAGUUGAACAAUUCGCCUUUUAAGGAGUACUUAAAAUAAAAAAUAAUAAUAAU